AGCAAGAGCAAAGCAGCAAAUGUGCGCCCACGUCGUCGAGCAAGGGUGAUGCUCCUCGACAGGCCUAGUCAUCGCGAGCUAAUUACAGGACGGGACGCUUGCGAGCUGAUCGAAACAAACCACUGUGUUGAUAUCUCUUGCUUACAACAGCUGCUGUUUUUUUUUUAGAACAGUCCGGAGUUGGAAUCUCUGCAUUGAGCCAGUAGGGUUCGCGGGGUUUUGAGGAUUUUGAGGUUUCUGGUGUUUCAGUGUGUUGUUUCUCAACUUGGACGGACGAUCGCGGAUUACUAUGGCGAUGCGGAUGAAGUAUUGAUGGGAGUAGAGGAGUGAAUGCAGUUGCUGUUAUCAUGAGGAAGCGCGACUUGGGAAUUUUGUUGCUGUCCGCGUUGGCCAUUUUCUUCUCGCUCCAGCAUGAAGGGAGUCUUUCGUUUCGACAAGCAUGGGUGCAUUACAAGGAUGGUUCACCUAUACAGCAUGUAGCCGAGCGAUUGCCACCGCCAGUUGUAGCUGAUCUGAAUGGAGAUGGCCACGUUGAGGUUGUUGUUGCCUUGGAGGACAAACUUCAGGUUAUCGAUCCGCGGGUGUCGUUUGCCUCUGAUGGAUUUGCGGAAGCUCGAGUGUUGGCGGAGGUUUCUCUUCUGCCAGAUCGAGUGCGAGUGGGUGCGGGAAGGAGACCCGUUGCAUUAGCGGCAGGCGAGGUAAAACGAACCUAUAGAUCCCUGGAGCGGAAGAAGCAGGUGAUUGUGGUCGUAACUGCUGGCUGGAACAUCAUGUGCUUUGACCACAAUCUGAAGAAAAUAUGGGAAGAUGAUGUUCAGGAUGACUUCCCACAUGGUUCUCACCACAAAGAAGUAGCCAUUUCAAUAAGCAAUUAUACCUUGAAGCAUGGAGACACCGGACUAGUCAUUGUGGGGGGAAGUAUGGAGGUUCAGCCUCAGGCGCAUUUGGAUCUUUUUGAAGAAGAAUUGCUGGCAGAGAAAGCAACUGAGGUUCACCAAGUUUCAGCUGUCGGAAUAGAGGAGGGAGAGGAUGUAACAGAGAAGAUGGGUGGUGGAAAGGAGCGUCAUUUCUCUUACUAUGCAUAUGCUGGAAUGACUGGCGCCCGUCGUUGGACUCACCGAAGCGAGGAUUUUCAACGUGCUCCCGGCAAUGGUACACUGCAACCACAACAUAAUUACAGGUUGGAUGCCAACUCGCUUGCUACUCGACAUCUUGGAGAGGUUGAAUGCAGGGAAUUCCGUGAGUCGGUUCUGGGCGUAAUGCCGCAUCGUUGGGAACAUAGAGAGGAUACAAGGUUCGAGUUGUCACAUUUUCAGAAGCAUUAUCGUAAAUUGGUUAAGAGGAUCCACGGCAAGGAGAAAAAUGUUCCGUCUCAAAAGCCUGCAGAUAAAAACACUCCAGGCAAAGAAUCACUCUCUAAUCCUAUUACAAAGGUUGUCGGCAACGCUGUCCAGCUCGCAGUCGGUCCGAAAGUUAGAAAGGAACGAUUUCAACAUGUUCCAAUGAUAACAAAUCACACAUCGCAUUGGUGGGUGCCCAAUGUGAUUGUGGCUCAUCUCAAGGAAGGAAUCGAGGCUGUACAUUUAGCUACAGGCCGCACUGUCUGCAAGCUGUAUCUACCCGAAGGAGGUCUUCAUGCAGAUAUCAACGGCGAUGGGGUUCUGGAUCACGUCCAGGCUGUCGGAGGUCACCGAGGAACGCGCUUAGUGCCAACCGGGAUGACCACGACUCUUAAGCCAUGCUGGGCGAUUGCCACUUCAGGUGUACAUGUGAGGGAGCAACUGUUCAAUGGCACAGUUUGUAGACACUCUCCCUUCCAAGCCUAUUCCCAUUUUGAUUUUUCAGGUGAAAUCGAUAGGCGGUUGAAUCCAGAAAUGGGAGAUUUUGUGGAAGUGCUUGCACCAAUCAUUCUGCCACACCCAGAUGGCAAACGUCAUCGCAAAGGGAGCCAUGGUGAUAUUAUCUUCCUUAAUAGCCGUGGAGAGGUUACCUCUUUCUCUGUACUGGGCCCCAAACGCGACCAAGAGGCUGAACACCGAUGGCAGCUUGUGACCGGAGCCUAUUGGGCAACGUCCUCCGAGUUGCAAGGCUAUGAGUCAGACAGGGUUGUGCCUAGCUUGACAGCGUUGCCUCUGAGGAAGAAUGGGGAACCAGAAGCUAUUCUUGCAAUUGGAGAGAUUGAAGGUGUGGUUAUCUCGCCUAAAGGCAGUCCAGUGACGGAGUUUCCUCUUCCAGCAUCUGCAUCAGCCCCUAUAAUCUAUGCCGAUUUUUCUGGUGACGGGCUGAAUGACCUCAUCCUUGUAACUCAUGAUGGUAUCUACGGUUUUGUACAAGCCCGGAGACCAGGAGCUAUCCUUUUUAGUACACUUGUGGGUGUUCUCAUUCUGGUAAUGGGUGUUAUCUUUGUUACCCAGCAUCUCGGCACUGGUAAAGGAAAGUCGAGACCAGCCGAAAGACGAGGUGCUGCUGGCAUAUAGUGCAUUUAGUCUGCAGAGAGGAUGAUUUUUCUUUUUAGUGUAGUGAAAUCCUUCGGCUGUAGGGCUUAGGUUGUUUUGACAGAUUUUAUAGUGAUUGCCGAGUUUGUAUCUAAGUGGUAGUCUUGAUUGAUGAUAUCCAAUCUUGUUUCAAACUCCUUUCAAUGCAUCACUACUGUAGCUCCUCUGCUGUGCUCCGAUCUUUGAUA